AGGGCAUGGGGAGAGAGACAAGGGAGGAACUGCAAGGGGCUGGGGGCUGGGAUCCGAGUCGCACCCACGUGGGGCUCUGGCUCCCACGGCUCUUCCUGUUCCAGGACGCAGGGGCAGGGGUCGGGGCGCUCGCACCUCCCCCACCCUCCGCGUCCCGGUAGCCUGUCCCGGGAUACUCCACUGGGCGCGAGGCUUUCUGUGGCACACCAGCCUCGUCCUCGUAGCUGCUUCCCGCUCGGAGAGACCGGGCGCCGAGGACACGCCCACCCCGGAGGCGCCGGAGGGUGCCCCUGAGAGUGCCCCUGAGAGGAAACGGGAAAGGGCGUGGUCUUCGUUUUGUUUAUCCUGCAGGCCUCCAGGAUCCAGGGUGUGCAGGACCCCGGGAAGGAAAGAAAAGUCACGGUCCCGCAAAGCGCCAGCGGAAGACGCAGAAACUGAGUGUCGCCUACGAAGCCUCAGACCAAUGAGAAAGGGGGAAGGUGCCAAACUACCCAGAGGCACCAGGCUGGGAGCCCCCAGACUGGCGGCAGCAGUUGGUGAACAUCCGCACCAUGAGGAGCGGGAAGGACGCACCUGUGGACCAGCUGGGGGCUGAGCACUGCUAUGACCCCAGUGCACCCCCAAAGGUGCGGAGAUACCAGGUGCUGCUGUCCCUGAUGCUCUCCAGCCAAACCAAGGACCAGGUAACAGCAGGCGCCAUGGAGCGGCUGCGCGCCCGGGGCCUGACAGUGGACAGCGUCCUGCAGACGGAUGACAGCACGCUGGGCGCGCUCAUCUACCCCGUAGGCUUCUGGAGGAGCAAGGUGAAGUUCAUCAAGCAGACCAGUGCCAUCUUGCAGCAGCGUUAUGGCGGGGACAUCCCAUCUUCAGUGGCAGAGCUGGUGGCACUGCCGGGCGUUGGGCCCAAGAUGGCGCACUUGGCCAUGGCGGUGGCCUGGGGCGCCGUGUCUGGCAUUGGGUUUGGAGCGGGGAAGACUCGGGCUCCAGGCCUGGGUCUGGCCCCCGCGCCCUGUGAUGAGCCAGUCCCGUCUCCCGCAGCGGUGGACACGCAUGUGCACAGAAUCGCCAACAGACUCGGGUGGACCAAGACAGCAACCAAGUCCCCGGAGAAGACCCGUGCGGCGCUGGAGGCCUGGCUGCCCCGGUACGGCAGGGUGGGGGCUGGCAGGGCUGCCCUCAGCCUCCCUCCCCCACUGACCUCUCACCUUCACAGGGAGCUUUGGAGUGAGAUCAACGGACUGUUGGUGGGCUUUGGCCAGCAGACGUGUCUGCCCGUCCGCCCACGUUGCCACACCUGCCUCAACCGAAGCCUGUGCCCAGCCGCACAGAGCCGCAGCGGGCCGUGAAGCCUGGGCCUGGACGCCGUGCACCAGCCGACCGUGAGCCUUUGCUGGGGGGGCCAUAGCCUGUUUCUAAUAAAACUUGGGAAUUGUUUGCA